AUGUCAGCCAAUGAUUCUGAUGACCGGUCCAUCCCCGAUACCGACCUCACAGCAACCGCAUCUCUCACCGCCGAGGUCCGCCAGUUGAAGGAGUUACAUGGCAUAGGCAACUGCCCGUCAAAUGUUCGGGCAAACGACCACAUUGCCUACCAUCGCAACAGCAUGCGCAGGGCCUGGCUACCUGAGGCGACCCCUAAUGAGCACAGCUUCGGCCAGACGCCCUCGGCUCCCGCCUCGGUGCCGACUCACGAUGGAAACAUGGGACCUCAGCCGCCCGAGGAUUCCUCUCACGCACCCAGCGUUGCUGUCCCGCAGACCCCAGAUAACUCAUUGAACGUCUUGUCGAGCGCUUACACCAACACCGGAACCUUACAUACCAGCACCACCGAAACCGGCUCGGGGGCAGGUAACCCCGAGGACGAUGUCACAGCUCUUGGCCAGUCCGCCUCCGGCGGCUCAUCAGUGGGGGCCAAUGGCGUGGUUGGAGGCCCUGAUGAGGAGGCGCGCCUCGCCUGUUCCAAUGCCAUCCGGAUGCUAUUUUGGAAUGGGUCUUGA